AUGCUUUUCAAUUCGGUGCUCCGCCAGCCCCAGUUCGGCGUCCCGAGAAAUGGAUGGUCUUCACAGUACCCUCUACAGUCCCUUCUAACUGGUUAUCAGUGCAACUGUAAUGAUGAGCACACUUCUUAUGGAGAAACAGGAGUCCCAGUUCCUCCUUUUGGAUGUACCUUCUCUUCUGCUCCCAAUAUGGAGCAUAUACUAGCAGUUGCCAAUGAAGAAGGCUUCGUUAGGUUAUAUAACACAGAAUCACAAGCCAAUCGAAAGAAGUGUGUCAAAGAAUGGAUGGCUCACUGGAAUGCUGUCUUUGAUCUGGCCUGGGUUCCUGGUGAACUUAAGCUUGUUACAGCAGCAGGUGAUCAAACAGCCAAAUUUUGGGAUGUAAAAGCUGGUGAGCUGAUUGGAACAUGCAAAGGUCAUCAGUGCAGCCUCAAAUCAGUUGCCUUUUCUAAGUUUGAGAAAGCCGUCUUCUGUACAGGUGGAAGAGAUGGCAACAUUAUGGUCUGGGACACCAGGUGCAACAAAAAAGAUGGAUUUUAUAGGCAAGUGAAUCAAAUCAGUGGAGCUCACAAUACCUUAGACAAGCAAACCCCUUCAAAACCUAAGAAGAAACAGAAUUCAAAAGGACUUGCUCCUUCUGUGGAUUUCCAGCAGAGUGUUACUGUGGUCCUCUUUCAAGAUGAGAAUACAUUAGUCUCGGCGGGAGCUGUGGAUGGGGUAAUCAAAAUAUGGGAUUUACGGAAGAAUUAUACUGCUUAUCGACAGGAACCCAUAGCAUCCAAGUCUUUUCUGUACCCAGGUAGCAGCACUCGAAAACUAGGAUACUCAAGUCUGAUUUUGGAUUCCACGGGCUCUACUUUAUUUGCUAACUGCACAGAUGACAACAUCUACAUGUUCAAUAUGACUGGAUUAAAGACUUCUCCAGUGGCUAUCUUCAAUGGGCAUCAAAACUCUACCUUCUAUGUUAAAUCCAGUCUUAGUCCAGAUGACCAGUUUUUAGUCAGUGGCUCAAGUGAUGAAGCUGCCUAUAUCUGGAAGGUCUCCACACCCUGGCAUCCUCCUACGGUACUCCAGGGUCACUCUCAAGAGGUCACAUCUGUGUGCUGGUGUCCAUCAGACUUCACAAAGAUUGCUACCUGCUCUGAUGACAAUACACUGAAAAUCUGGCGUUUGAAUAGAGGCUUAGAGGAGAAAUCAGGAGGAGAUAAGCUCUCCAUAGUGGGUUGGGCAUCUCAGAAGAAAAAAGAGGCAAGAGCUGACCUAGUAACAGUGACAAGUAGCCAGAGCACUCCUGCCAAGGCCCCCAGAGUAAAGAGCAGUCCAUCUAUUUCUUCCCCAUCAUCAGCAGCUUGUGCUCCAAGCUGUGCAGGAGACCUCCCUCUUCCUUCAAAUACUCCCACAUUCUCUAUUAAAACCCCUCCUGCCAAAGCCCGGUCUCCCAUCAGCAGAAGAGGCUCUGUGUCCUCGGUCUCUCCCAAGCCACCCUCGUCUUUCAAGAUGUCCAUUAGAAACUGGAUGACCCGAACACCAUCCUCCUCACCACCCAUCACGCCACCUGCUUCUGAAACCAAGAUCACUUCUCCAAGAAAAGCCCUCAUUCCUGUGAGCCUAAAAUCAUCCCAAGCAGUGGCUUGCUCAGAGUCCAGAAAUCGAGUCAAGAGGAGGCUGGACUCAAGUUGUCUGGAGAGUGUGAAACAGAAGUGUGUUAAGAGUUGCAACUGUGUGACUGAGCUUGAUGACCCAGUUGAAAAGCUUCAUUUGGAUCUGUGCUGCCUUGCUGGUAGCCAGGAAGACCUUGGUAAGGACUCUCUAGGUCCUCCCAAACCAAGCAAGAUUGAAGGAGCUAGUAUGAGUAUCUCAGAGCCUCCUUCUCCCGCCAGUCCUUAUGCUUCAGAAAGCUGCGGAACACUACCUCUUCCUUUGGGAUCUUGUGGAGAAGGGUCUGAGGUGGUAGGCAAAGAGAAUAGCUCCCCGGAGAAUAAAAACUGGUUAUUGGCCAUGGCGGCCAAACGGAAGGCUGAGAAUUCAUCUCCCCGAAGUCCAUCCUCCCAGACCCCCAAUUCUAGGAGACAGAGUGGAAAGACUUCUCCAGGCCCGGUCACUAUUACUCCCAGCUCCAUGAGGAAAAUCUGUACAUACUUCCAUAGAAAAUCUCAAGAUGACUACUGUAGUCCCGAACAGUCAACAGAAUUAUAG